UUAGACCACUCGAUUGAUCACUCUGCCCCCAUUAAUCUCGUAGCACGGGUCCAGCCGUCCAGGUGAGUAAUCUAUUCACCAAAGUCCACAAGCCCACAGGCUCCGCUCCACGCACGAGCUUUCAAUCCAUCCGCCUCCUCCGCCGGGCGCGCCAGGCCACAGCCACACUCGCAACACGCUAGCAGUUACGCGCCCCACUUUCCCCACGUCGCAGGCCAAGCAAACACCAGCGAGAGCGAGGCAAGGCAAAGAAGCAGCCGGGCAGCCAUGUCGUACUACGACCGGCGCGGGGAGUCGUCGGUGCUGGAGGCGUUCACGCUGUCGCCGCUGCCAUACCCGGUGAUCCUGAUCCUGAUGAUGGUGACGCUGCUGCUGGGGGUGUCGUGGUUCUUCUCCUACGAGGACUUCAUGGAGGAGGCGUCGGAGCAGUUCAGCUGGAUCCUGCUGGGCGUGCCCAUCGCGCUCGUCCUCCUCAUCCGCUGGAUCUCCUCCGUCGACACCUUCGAGGGCUACUUCGGCUUCUACCCCAGCGAGAGCCGCUGGAGGGGCUACCCGGCCGCGCCCUCCGAGGGCAGCUCCCCAUGGGGCGUUGCCAUGGUCGUCGUCCUCCUGCUCGUCCUCGCCAGCUUCCACUCCACCUUCCGGGACAUGUGGAAGCCUUGAUCCUCGAUGCUCCGACUGAUACCUCGUAUGUACUACGUGUGUGUGUAUGUAUGUAUGUGAUUCCAUCGUAUCAAUCCAUGUAGUAGUACACAGUAUGAAUGAUUGUUGCUUCAAGGCGGUUGCUGCACCUGCGCCAUGCCUUUCCUCCUGUACAUAGAUGAAGAACGUUAUAUUCUGCUAGCUGAAAGUUAUAGAGCUUGAGUGUUGCUCAUCUGUACCGGUUCUUGUUCUAUCUUUUACUGAAUGAAUCAAUAGGUUUCUGUCGGAAAA